AUGUUCACAACCAAAUCAAUCAAUUUAUUUAUCGAUGAUAAGUCAAUUUAUUGCGUUAAUUACCAAAUCAAAGGCAUAUUGUACAAGUCUAAUUAUCUAGGACUUUACACCGACAAGAUUAAUUCAUAUUCAAUAUCUCAUUACUAUUUAAAUGCACAGAAAAAUGAAUUUAAUUUUAAUCUAAAAGUUUCAUCGAAUUUGACAAUCGUUCAAGAUACAAGUGGCAUGUUUCAAAUCAAAAAGAAUUCACCAAACAAUGAGAUACUUACUUUAACUUUUGGUUCAGUUGGAUUUGAAGAAAAACUCAAUUCUGUUCCCAUAUUUGAUGGUGACACAACAAACUCAACGUUUAACAUCGAUUUAUCUCAAUACGCAGGAAAAAUAAUUUCAUAUCUGAAGCUCUAUCCUCCAUUGAAAUAUAACAUUCUGGUUCAAUUUGACACAACUAAAUAUCAUCCGACUGAUGUCAUCAUAUACAGUAACGGGAAACAAAUUAAAUUUGAUAAUUCCAAUCAAACACUUUUACUCAAUAAAUCAACUAUUUCGAUGUCAAUUGACGCAAAAUCCAAUAAAGACUUGCGAAAUAUUAGAAUUUCCUUUGAUACAACUGAAACACAGACAUUCAAGCCAGUUCCUGGACCAGAAAGAGACAACAAUCCGUCAAAUAAGAAGACUAUUGCAGCAGUUGUAGCAUCAAUUGCUGUUUUCUAUGUCAUUGGCAUUACUUCAGCAUUAAUAAUUUAUUUUAUUGGAAAAAGACAUUUCAAUAGACUUUAUGGUAGCCUUAUGAGUCCAUGCUUAUGCUGCUGCACCAACUGCGAGGGAUACUAUGAAGUAGUCGACUUUUAUCAGAGUCAUCCAAGAUAUUAUUAUGAUGACUACAAUGCUUUCGGAUGUAGAAAGUGCGAAAACUGUUACGAUAAUCAUUGCAAUAACAGUCGUUGCUUUUACUCCUGCGGCGAAAAAUUAUGCCAACCAUGUUAUGCUCGCCACAACUAUGCAUUAAUAUAUACUUUACGCUUAUUAUUUGGAAUUACUUCUUUAAUUAUAUUCCCUGUUAUUUGCUUUAUAACAGCUAUACAUUUAUUAUGCCCGAGUAUCCGAGAUGAUGAUUACGAAACAAAUUAUGCCGAUCAGCAUAAUCAGUACAAAACUCCAAUAGUCAUCAGUAAGUUCUAUAACAAAUUCAAGCUCAAAGGCAAAAACUAUUCAAAUGCCAAAAAUGAAAUUGACAAUCACGAGGAUUCAAGUGAUGGUGGCUCAUCAUCAUGCUCUUCUGCCUCAUUGAAUGAUAUCAGAAGCGGAAAAAUUAAGCCAUUAUCACCUGAUGAAUACAAGCCCGAAGUUAUACAAAAUCUCGACUCAGAAGUGAUGAAAUCUCAAAACGUUCAAUCUCAUAAGACAAUAAGUCAAGAGGAGGCAGCAAUGAAGGAACAAGCUUCUCACCAAGAGCGUCGUCCUUCAAUUUUUACAGACGCAAAUAUUCCUGCAAAAUUAUCUCUUUCAACAGAAGACUUUUCAAUCGAUGCAGCUCCAACUGAAAAACGAGAAAAGCCAGAGAUCAUUCUCAAGCAACCAGAAUCUCCAAAGGAAGAGAGAAAAUCCCCAAUCAAGAGGAAUUUCACAGAAGAAGAAUUGGAAAGGAAGCGAAGAAAGAGAAGAGUUAAAAGCGCUGCUGAUGCAAUUCAUCAAUCAUUGAAGAUGUUCGAACCACCUUCAAGGUAUGAUGAUGGAUCAGACACAGAACCACGCGCAAGCGAGAAUCCAGAUUACGACAAUCUCGUCUUGCUUCUUCCUCCUCCUGACUAUGAUUCAGGAGUGAUGCCUCCAAUGUUACCACAUCCAGAGUUGCUAAGCCCACCUGCAGAAAACAUUCCAAGACAUACUCCAAAGAAACACUCAAGAAGAGCGAAAGAGAAGAGAAGUGAAUCUACAAUCGCUGAAAUCCGCCAAGCAAAUGACUUGGACUUCUUAUUCUAA